AUGAGUUAUUCUUUUCAGGGAAUGAUAAUGUUAACCGUUUCGGCUACCGUAUCCACCUUACGUCCUACUCCUUGCAACACUGACACAUCAAAUUGCCCUUCUGCGACCGUCGGCCAGUCAGCAUUCCUCUAUUCUGCCUUAGGCCUAGUAGCCCUCGGAACCAGUGGGGUCAGACCCAACGUCCCUACAUUUGGUGCCGACCAAUACGAUGAAAACGACGAAAAGGAACUCUCAUACAAAUACACUUUUUUCAACUUAUUUUUCUUAUCGAUUAAAGUCGGGGCUUUGUUAGGACUCACACUGAUGGUGUAUAUACAACAAGAGAAAGGGUAUGGUUGGGGGUUUGGGCUACCGACCGGGAUCAUGUUUGCAUCGCUCGUGAUCUUGGCAGCCGGGUUUCCAAGGUAUCGGUAUAAAAAGCCGAUGGGGAGUGUUUUUACCAGAUUUAUUCAAGUGAUUGUGGUUUCUGUAAGGAAUCAUUUUAAAGGUGUUAAAGUUGGUCCUAAAGUUAAGCUUUAUGAGGUUGCCACAAAAGAAUCUGAUAUCUUUGGUGCAAGAAGGCUCUCACAUACUCCUCAUUACAGAUUCUUGGACAAAGCCGCAAUGAUAGAAGAUCACGAGUUAACUGACAUAACCGACCGAUGGAAACUAUGCACCAUAACACAAGUAGAAGAAUUAAAAACCUUCAUAGGUAUCUUCCCGGUUUGGGCCUCAAACAUAGCCCAUUCCCUCUCCUUAGCCCAACAGACCACCUUCUUCAUUGCCCAAUCCAAAAUCUUGGACCGUCAACUUGGCCCAAACUUCAUCAUCCCGCCAGGCUCCAUGCAAGUUUUUGCGGUUUUAAGCGCUUUUAUCACUGUGUCCGUUUACGAAAAGUUCAUGGUCCCGAUCCUAAAGCGGAAAACAAACCACCCUCGGGGCCUUACAUCCUUACAACGAAUGGGGCUAGGCUUGUUCCUUGCUAUUUUUGCUCUUGCCUCGGCUGCAGCAAUCGAACAUAUGCGUAGGACCCACUCAAACCCUUCGAGUUUAUCUGUGUUUUGGUUGGUCCCACAAUAUUUUGUAUUGGGUGGGGCCGAGUCAUUCAUGUAUGUGGGACAAUUAGAAUUCUUUUACGAUGAAGCUACAGAUGGUAUGAAAAGUGUUUGCGGGGCGUUGUUUUUGAGUGAGGUCGGGGUUGGGAGUUGGGUAAAUAGCGCACUUGUUAAGAUCGUUCAGUGGGCCACGGGGACAGGUGAGAAUGGAUGGUUAAAAGAUGAUCUUAACGAGAGUAAACUUGAUUAUUAUUAUGCGAUAGUGGCGGGGAUUAGUGUGGCUAACUUGUUUUUAUAUGUGUUGGUUGCUCGAAGGUAUAAGUCUCGACAUCAAGGAUAA